AUGAUCAGGAAGCAGUGGCUUGCUCCUGAGAGCCUGGCUAGUACAAAGCUGACUGUCCUCAAAUCCACCUAUGGUAAAAGCACCAGGAAGCAAUUGGCGGCAAAAGCCACUCACCAGAGUGCGCCCUCUACGAGAGGGAUGAAGAAACCUCACCGUUGCAGGCCUGGUACUGUGGCACACCAUGAAAUUAGACGUUAUCAGAAGUCCACUAAACUUCUGAUUCGCAAAUUUCCCUUCCAGAGUCUAAGGCGAGAAAUUGCUCAGGACUUUAAAACAGAUCUGCGCUUUCAUGCAGCUAUACAUGCUUUGCAGGAGGUAAGUGAGGCCUAUCUGGUUGGCCUUUUUGAAGACGCCCACCUGUGCGCUAUCCAUGCCAAAUGUGUAACAAUUAUUGCAAAAGACAUCCAGCUAGCACACUGCAUACUUAAGAAUCCACUAUGAUGGGAAACAUUUCAUUCUCAAAAAAAAAAAAAAAAAAAAUACUUCUUGCUGUUAUUGGUAGUUCUGAACAUUAGAUAUUUUUUUUUCCCAUGGGAUCAAAAGGUACCUAAGUGUAUGACUGCGAAUGGAAAAAUAGGGGACAGUAAUCAGGUAUUGGCAGUUUUUCUAUUUUCUUUGUGUCUGAAUUUUUAAUGUAAAUGCGGAGAAGUAAAGCAUUAAUGCAAAUUAAAAUAUUUCAGU